AUGAUUGUUGCAACUGAGGGCAACGGGUCAUCUGGUGGCAGUGCCAUCGUGGGAUACGGUGGCGGACCAUUAGAUGUCGGUGCUGCCACAAGAGGUGGUGGCAGGCCACCAGAUGAUGGUGUUGGUUCAAGAGAUGGUGACAAGAAACCGGAGGGUGGCGCUACUUCAAGAAAUGGUGGUGGGCCACCAGAAGAUGGUGUUGUUGGGGUGUUGACAGCUUCCAAUGACGCCAUCAGGUAUAUCGGGCUAUGUGAUGGUUUCCAUUGCUCAACCAUUGUAUUCUUCAUCAUAUGUGGUUAA